UGAAAUUGAUCGAGUUCCGGUAUUUUUAGAUAGAAUCACUAUAGCGUAUUAAAUAAUUGACCAUAAAGGAUAUAAAAGGUACCUGUUUCUAGUUCAGUUGUACGCGGUAUGAUGCUGAGAUUUUGGGUGCUUUUGGGUUUGAUUGGCGUCAACAGUCAGCUAAAAAUGGAAAUUGAUCCCGCAAAAAUUACUUGGGCACAUGGUGUUAACGAUAAGGCUUUCCUAAAAAGUUCCUUGAUGAGCAAUAUCGACAUGUUAGAAGCAGACAUUCUGAUGGGCAGAUUAGUAGAUGGCAAAGAAAUUGAAAUACCAAUCAUGGCGCAUCCACCUAAUCAAAUUUCUGAUCUUUCCUUAAUGGAUUUUCUAACCGUAGUGGACGAUUUCAACAGAAUGAACCCUCUCAAAAAGGGGGUGAAGUUGGAUUUCAAAUCGAUCGAGGCAUUCGAAACAGCAAUAAGCAAUGAACUGUUCAUCAACAUCACAUCUGAGGCAGACUAUCCUGUGUGGUUGAAUGCUGAUAUCCUAGUGGGUCCACAUGCUCCAGCUUACUCAAAACCGGUUGAUGCAGCUCGUUUUCUCAAGGGAAGCAAAUUGAUACCUAACGCAGUGCUUUCUUUGGGCUGGACAACCAACUUCGACAGUACUCAUAAUUCAGGUUAUACCUUUCCUCAAAUCGAAGAAAUGCUGUACACAUUAAAACAAAACGAAGUAUCCCAAAGGAUUACCUUUCCUGUACGAGCUGGUUUGGUAGCAGAAUCUCAGGACCAAAUGACUAUGUUGUUGAGGAACAACAGUCACACUCUCACCGUUUGGUCUGGUGCACGAGAUGAAGGAUUUGACGUUGCAAAAUUGAACGAGGUGCUAGAUAGUAUUGAGAGUGGUAGAGUUUAUGUAGAUGUUCCUGAAACUCUUAGAAAUCGGUUGAAUAUAGUCAUCGGCAAGAAUAAAAUUAGAUUAUAGUUUAUAUAGAUAGGUUAGGUUUAAGGCAAUUUUAUGCUCAAAUUAUGGUAGAUACAUAUCUUUUUUUUAAAUAGCGAUUGUACUUAAUUACAGUAAAUUAUUGAUUAAAGAGAGGAGAUGAGGUGAUCUCUGUCCAUCUAAUAUUUCGGAUUCAAUAACGUAAGACGAAAUUUUGAGACAUUCCUACCAAGUUGAUGUUGUAAUAAAAGAAAACAAUUUUUAAGAUAUGAUAAAAUGUUCUCAAAAAAGAAUGAUCUCUUCAACAAUUCACCUCAAAUAUAGUCUUUAAUUUCUUUUGAAAAACGUUAUUCUGUAGAGAAAUAAUAUAUGCCAAAUAAUAAAUAGAUACCAACUUAUAUUUCUAUUAGCUCAAGUCUCUAGACAAUAUUUGGAAAAUGUACUUAAUUUUGGCUAACCAAUAGCAUAUUUCAUAAUUUUCUUUGUUGAAUAAGUCUAUAGAUAGAUAUAUAUUUAUAUAACAUCUGUGCCUCAAUUCUUAUUAUGUAAUUAUAAAAUAAUUAAUACAAUUACCUCAUUAGGAAGAUUUGA